GGUAUACUUUCCUGGACGAUUCAAGUUCGGGUUUCCAGGUAUGGAAAGUUGUGAACAUGCGAACUGUCUGUCUUUUGAUUACCGCAGCAACGCCUAGGGACCGUAUUAUCUUUCUUGCACGAAUCAGAUACACAUUCGAUUGCUUGGAUAGGAUAUGUACGCGGGGUAAGAGUAUCACUCUCCUAUCAAAAAGUUGUAUGCCAAUUUGCAUGGGGGUCUGUUGCCUAUAGUCCUUCAUUAGCGUUUUAUGCCAAACGAAGCUUUAGGAAGAGUAUACUUAAGUUGCCUCUUCAGUGCUGAAAUAAGAUGAUUCAACUCACUUUCUCUUCAUUUCAUCCCAGCUAAAUCAAACUCUCCAUCACCUUUCGAAAGAUCUUCCAAAAUGUCUACCACUCCUGUUGAAAUCCAAGACUACGUCAAAGUCACCAAGCUAGACGAGACCACCGAAACCAACAAUGACAUUUCGAAACCCGAGCCACCUCUUCCACUUACAGUCAUUGUGACGACAGCAAGAUCACUGAAGCCAAAAUCCGUCGAGCCUGGCAUGAAAUGCGAGACCAAGGACUUUUAUAAGACCAAGGAUCAUUCAGCAUGGACCCACAAGUAUCCGGAUUAUCUCGAGGAAGCCAUUGAGAACGAUGAGACUGCUCAACUUGCUUUCCUGAAGCGAAACGACAACAGUUCAAGCAGCCGGAAGAAGUUCAGCUUGAACUCACUCGUCAUUCAAAGUCCUCUUCUAAAGAAGGCCUUGGGAGAGGUCUUUGCUGGGUACGAAGGAGUCACCACUGACUUGAAGCGUCUUAAGUUCAAGAAACCAUUCGCUCCGUUUGUCCAUCGAUGGGAAAAGUUCCAGAAAGUGAUGAACGAUGAGACAGAUGUCACGACCAAGAAGCACCUGGAAUUGCUCUGGGAUACUCUUGAAGUAGAGCUGCGAGAUACCAUUAUCACCCAGAAGGAUCUCAUUGCCAAUGGUGUCAUGACCUACGAUUACCUCUGGACAAUGUUUGAACCUGGAUGUUUGGUCUUUCAAAAGUCCUCGGAGACCGAGAGAGUUUUGCAAGUAAGAAGCGCUGCCCACAAUAAGAGUUCUAAAGAAAUUCAGCUCCACACCCGUUUCGUUGAAUGGGGUGGUGAGGAGUUCGGCUGGAUGGAUGAAGAUCAGGAGAUUGAGGGGUUCGAGGGGACUAAGAAAAUCACUGACCUUUCCAUCCUUCCUCUUUCGUACCACGAAGAUGCAAUUGGAGUUCAGCAACGAUGCAUCGCACGUGGACGUUCAUGGGAAGCUCUGUGUGGUUAUCACUUCAAGUCCUACAAGGGACUCGCGACAUCGAUUGAAGAAUCACGAUUCAACAUCGACAGUCGUGUCAUUAUUGUAUGUGCAUCCGAAAUCCUUCUCUUCCGUGAAUACAUCACUUCCUCUUGCUAACUUCCAAUUAAAGGAUACCGAUGCCUACAAUACCUUCAAUCCAGAUAACCAAAUUUACGUGGAUACUCUCACCGACAAUGAGACAUAUGUAGCUCCACCGUCCGAUGAGCCAAUCACAGAGGGAAAGCUUUCACCAUAUCAGCUCCUACUAGCAACAACAAAACUUCGUGGUUACUCCCUCAAGGAUAAAAAUUGGUUCAACUUGCAACUUAGCAACGUCACCGACAUCGUCUGGAAUAACCAAGCCUUCUCAAGUCUUGUCCUUCCAGAAGACACCAAAGAUCUAGUCCGUGCUUUUGCGCAUAGCCAAAUUCAACAAGAGCAAGACUUUGACGACGUCAUCCAAGGCAAAGGCAGAGGAGUGAUCAUGCUUCUCUCAGGUCCGCCAGGCGUAGGCAAGACCCUAACAGCCGAAGCCGUGGCAGAAGUAACUCGGAUCCCACUAUACUCAAUGUCAGCAGGAGACCUCGGAACGGACCCAUCCUCGGUUGAGCACACACUCAAGAGCAUCUUCCGCAUGACCACGCGCUGGAAGGCCGUCCUCCUGCUUGACGAGGCAGACGUCUUCCUCGAGUCGCGCUCCAAACACGAUCUCGAGCGCAACAAGCUCGUCUCCAUCUUCCUGCGGGUCCUGGAAUACUACGAAGGGUUCCUCUUCCUGACCAGCAACCGCGUAGAAGACAUGGACGACGCCUUCGAAUCACGCAUCCACCUCUCACUCCAGUAUGGAGACCUGAGUUUCGAGUCGCGCAGACAAAUCUGGCUUACCUUUGUGGAUGGACAGGAUCAGAAUGAGAAUUUCACCGAUGAGCAGAUUGAUUCUCUGGCGGAGAUUGAGUUGAAUGGACGCCAGAUUAAGAAUAUUGUUAAGACGGCGCAGCUUUUGGCGACUAGUAAGGGAACGCCGUUGGGAUUUGAACACGUGCAGGUUAUUACUAGAUUGAGGGCUAAGUAUGCUGCUUGCGUUCCUUUGAAGAGUAGUUAGAUUUCUCGGUCAUGUAGACCAUUUAAGUAGAGCUUUUUGAGGGCAGUUCUUUCUAGAAAAGUAAAUGUGUAAGAAAUAUUGUCAUACCAAAUACAAUCGUUCACUCGAAAGAGAAAGUUAUUCAACAAACAUUAUUAAUUAUCACUUCGAACA